GGUUAGACAGCCACUGCGAUCACAUCUGCACUUCUUGCAUUGGAUUAUGCAGAAGGUCAUGGAUACGGUCACGGCCGAGCCUAGGUCUCCAUGGUAUCCACCCACCCCUGUGAGUUAGGUGUACUAGUAACGGUUGGAAAUAUUACACCAUUGGCGUAUUAUGAUAUCUGUCCACUUGGUGACGAUGGUCUGCGGUGAACGGACGCAUUCCCUUACUGGUGGUAAGGGCCAUGCAUAAUAUGCAACGAUGCACAUGGGGUCUCAAUUAGAUGCAAGGUGAUGGUCAUGUGGAAAGCCCAUCUCAGCUCAACCACCACCUGCGAAAGGGCAGCCCGCGGCCAGCAGGCUGCACAUUGAUCCUCAUCUCUUCUCCUCUCCUCAACUAUGCACACUGCAGGAGAGACACACCGAGGAAUGCCGAUCCAGUGGCUCAGAGACAUCAAUGCGUUAGAUUGUGAGCACCCCAUCAGACUGAAAGGGAGAGUCCCAUUGCCGUUCACCUUGCUCGUGUGCUAAUCACAGAUCUUGAGUACAGCCUUCCGCGAUGUCUCUCUGCCUAAGCGGUUUCCUCACGAGUCCUACGUUUCUGAGCACAUCCCUCGCGCUUCAAGGCGGCAUUGUAACCGUCCUACUCAUCCUCACCUACCCACUCGUCCUCGACCUCUAUUACACGUUCGGUCUAUCCCAAUUACCUCGUUACAACACGCGAAGAUGGUACGAACUGGGAUACGGGCCCGCGAAAGCACGAUAUCACACCACGGCACCGAUUCUGAUUAAAGAAGGUCUGGAGAAGCAUCGAGGCCCGUUUUACAUCUUCUCGGACAGCCAGUAUCGACUCGUGCUGCCGACGCGGUAUGCACACAUGAUUCGCAAUGAGGAUCGACUGAGUCUAGCGGCGUUUUUCAAUGAGGAAUUCCAUGCGCAUAUUGCCGGAUUCGAGCCGUUUAAGGAGCUGAACGCUGACAAUGGCAUUGUGAGGGAUGUGAUUAAUUACAAGCUGUCGCGAUCGUUGCCCCUGCUCGUGGACCCCAUCUCCCAAGAAGCAACCAUCGCUGUUCGGCAAUAUUGGGGUGAUGAUCCAGAGUGGCGCGAGCUCCCCCUGAAGCAUUCGGUCGACGGCAUCAUCGCCCAAGUGAUGUCUCGUGCCUUCCUGAUGGACGACCUCUGUCAGGACCGCCGCUGGCUGGACAUCGUUGUCGAGUAUACCGAGCAGAUCUUUCUGGUUGCCCGGGUCCUGCGUCGCUGGCCGAAAGCCCUACGCGCCCUCGCCGCAUCAUUCCUCCCCGAAUCUCGCAAGCUCCGAAUGCUUCUCCAAGAAGCCCGAGACCUGCUGGACCCCGUUAUAGCCAAGAAGAUUCCAAGUUGCGAUGUGACCUCUGUGCCGGAAAAGCCGUCACCAGGCAAUUUGGGAACCUUCAAGUGGUUCCACGAAUGUGCCACGGGACGCCCGUACGAUGCAGCAGCCAUGCAGCUCUCCUUCGCAUUCGUGGCCAUCGACACCACCUCGGAUACCAUGGGCAACCUGCUGUCUGAUAUUGCGGAGCGCCCUGAGUUGCAAGAGGCGAUGAGGGAGGAGAUCCGCUCAGUCUUUGAAAACGAAGGCCUCAGUAAGCCUGCGCUGCAGAAGCUCAUGCUGAUGGACAGUGUGAUGAAAGAGAGCCAGCGACUGCGGCCUGGCGGGCUAGUUGCUAUGCAACGGAUUGCAAAGGACAAGGUUGUUCUCCCAGACGGUACGAACAUACCUCGAGGCACCUCGAUCAUGGUUGCCGCGCACCAAACCCUCGAUGCUUCCAUCGAGCCGCAGGACACGCGGUUUGAUGGCUAUCGCUUUGUGCAGCGCAACGAGAACGCCACCCGUAAUCUAUCCACCCAAUUUGUUUCUACUAGUCCCAACUAUCUCGGCUUUGGGCAUGGGAAGCAGGCCUGCCCGGGGAGGUUCUUCGCCGCCAUGGAAAUCAAAAUCACCCUUUGUCACAUGCUGUUGAAUUACGACAUGAAGCUCGUUAAGGAUCGGAACGAGCAGACGUUAGUCAAGGGCCAUAACUAUACAACCUGUCCUAGAGCUACUAUUGUUAUCCGGAGGCGUAAGGGGGCGUUUCAGCUAUAGACGAUGUAUUGCUUCCUUAUAUAUGCAAUAUAAGUAC